CUUUCGUCCCUUUCUUUUUCUCCCUUUUGUCCGUUUUCAUGUCAUCUCGUCUUUUACAAACAACGACCCGUCAGGGACGUAAUGUUUUUUCCUCUCUUACUAGAAACAAUGGGUUUCCAUCUUUAUUGAAACGAACUGAAGCAACUAUCAAUUACAAUCCAAAGGAUUUGAAUACAUUACCAACUAAGACUCAAGAAUAUUCAAAAGCAUCUACUGGACUUUGUAAAAUCACCACUUUACCUAAUGGUGUUCGUGUCGCAUCGGAAAACACUCCAGGUCAUUUUAGCGCAGUGGGUGUUUAUGUGGAUGCUGGUAGUCGAUAUGAAACAGCUGCUACUCGUGGUGUUAGUCAUAUUUUGGAUCGUUUAGCUUUCAAGAGCACAGAACAUCGAACAGCAGAUCAAGUAGUGGGUGAAUUGGAAUCUUUAGGAGGCAAUAUCAUGUGUUCCUCAUCUCGCGAAUCCAUCAUGUAUCAAUCAGCUAUCUUUUCUCAAGACCUGGGUCGUGUAUUGUCAUUACUCUCCGAUGUCAUUUGUCAUCCCAACAUUGAUCCUGCAGAAGUGGAAGAACAACGCAUGACGGCAUUAUAUGAAAUUGAAGAAAUCUGGUCCAAACCUGAAAUGAUUUUACCGGAAAUCUUACAUACUGUGGCAUAUCAAGGUAAUACAUUGGGCAAUCCUUUACUCUGCCCACCUGAAAACUUGGCAGCAAUGACUCCAGACUUGAUCAAAUCUUACAUGAACACAUGGUAUCGACCCGAACGUAUGGUGAUUGCAGCUUGUGGUGCUCAACAUGAUCAAGUGGUGGAUUUGGCUCUCAAAUAUUUUGGUGAUAUCCCAGUAUCUUCUAAAGAUGAUAUGCUUGAUUCUGUGGUUACUCAUGCUGAAGCUUUGAAACGACAACGUGUCAUGGCCUCAUCCAACAAACCUUCUUUGGUCUCAUCUCUAUUUGGUAACAAAGCAACGGAUGCAUCUACUCCUUACGAUAUUGCUACUCAACCUGCAAGAUAUACUGGUGGUACACAAUUCUUGGAAACCGGACCUGAAUCUCCAUUGACGCAGGUGUAUGUGGCAUUUGAAGGUCUCUCGAUUGAUGAUCAAGAUAUUUAUGCAUUGGCUACACUUCAAAUUUUACUUGGUGGUGGUGGUUCCUUCUCGGCAGGUGGACCAGGAAAAGGAAUGUAUUCUCGUUUGUUCACCAAUGUUCUGAAUCAAUAUUACUGGGUGGAAUCAUGUCAAUCAUUCAAUCAUUGCUACACAGAUUCUGGACUCUUUGGUAUUGCAGGCUCAUGUCCUCCUCAAUAUACCAACGCGAUGGUGGAAGUGAUUUGCCGGGAAUUGGAUCUAGUGGCACGAAGUGAUGCCGGUCAUUUCUCUGUUUCUGAUGUAGAACUGAAUCGGGCCAAGAAUCAACUCAAGAGCUCUCUUUUAAUGAAUUUAGAAAGUCGUAUGGUACAAUUGGAAGAUCUAGGAAGGCAAGUACAAGUCCAUGGCAAGAAGACCGGUAUUGACACCAUGUUGGAAAAUAUCGAUCGUGUCAAUCUAGAUGAACUUCGUCGUGUGGCAAGUCGUGUGGUUCGCGGUGCUGUCAGUGUUUCCAGUGGUGGUAGUGGCAAACCUACUUUUGUUCUUCAAGGCCAUUUGACGGGUGUUGCUGAUGUUUCCAAGGUGGCUGAAAAGUAUGGCCUUGGUGCUUAAAUCACCUCUCUCUCUCUCUUUUUCUUUCUUUUUACAUAACUUCUUUUUUUUUUAUUGAUGACACACAUCCCUCUCUUUACCUUUAUAGUCUUUCUUUUAUAGUUGUUUUUUUUUUUUUU